CCAAACCCUAGCCUUUUUGCUCCCCCACUGCUCGGCUGCUGCUUCCCCACACCGUCCCGGUACCGUCACCGCCGGGGAACUCCCUCUAACCACCACCUCCGCCGCUUCCUUCCUCCUCCUCCUCCUCUUGCAGGGGAGGUCCCUAGAUCUCCCUCCUCGCGGCCGCGCGCAUGGCGUCCUCCUCCGAUGAGCAGCCCAAGCCGCCCGAGCCUCCCGCGGCCGCCGUGGCAGUGCCCGCCGCCGUGCCGCAGUCGCACGCAGAGUGGGCCUCCUCCGUGCAGGCGUUCUACGCCUCCGGGGGGCACCCCUACGCCGCCUGGCCCGCGCAGCACCUCAUGGCAGCGGCGGCCUCAGGGGCUCCCUACGGCACGCCGGUGCCCUUCCCCAUGUACCACCCGGGGGCCGCCAUGGCGUACUACGCGCACGCUUCCAUGGCCGCGGGUGUUCCUUACCCUACUGCUGAAGCUGUCGCCGCGGCCGCGCCUGUUGUGGCGGAAGGGAAGGCCAAGGGCAAGGGCGGUGGCGUGUCACCUGAGAAGGGCAGCUCCGCUGCGCCCUCUGGCGACGACGCGUCCCGGAGCUGUGACAGCGGCAGCGACGACUCUUCAGACACCAGAGAUUAUGACACUGACCACAAGGAUUCGUCUGCGCCUAAGAAGAGGAAAUCUGGUAAUACUUCAGCGGAAGGUGAACAGUCUGAAGCUGCUGCUGUUACAUAUGCUGCUGCUGCCGACUCAGCCUAUCAGUUAAAGGGGAGGUCUGCCUCAAAGCUUCCCGUUUCUGCGCCUGGAAGGGCAGCGCUUCCAAAUGCCACGCCCAAUCUCAACAUAGGGAUUGAUCUUUGGAGUGCUUCUCAACCCAUAACCGGCAUCCCAGCGCAGGGCGAAGCAAGUCCUGGGUUGGCGCUUCCCCGAGGCGAUGUUGUUGGCCAGCUGCAGGAUGAGCGUGAAAUUAAGCGGGAGAGGCGGAAACAAUCUAACAGAGAGUCUGCAAGGAGAUCAAGGUUGCGCAAGCAGCAAGAGUGCGAGGAGUUAUCCAAGAAGGUAGCUGAGCUGACAACGGAGAACAACGCCCUCAGAACGGAGCUUAACCAGCUGAAGAAGGCUUGCGAAGAUAUGGAAGCACAGAAUACCCGAUUGAUGUCCCAGGAACCCACCACUGUCACAACCACACUGGGGAUGAGCAUCGAGGCACCUAAGGCACAUCAGCACGAUGACGAGUGCAAGCUUCAUAAGAAGGCUAAUAAUAACAGCAAUGGGAAGUACGUAGGUGGCAGCCGUAAACCGGAGGCUAACCCUAGGUGAGAGACCCCACAGUUGAGGCGGUGACAGAGAUGAGAUGAGGUGUUCCUUUAUCUAACCACAACACCCAUCAUCGAUUCAGUGUGCUUUUUAGCAAAGAAGAUGUUAUUUUUAGUCCUCUUCUCACAGCUCACCGGGGCUCCUGUAGAGCUGCCCCAGUCGCAGCCAUGUAUUAUUUAUGGCUCGUCGCCGAGAAGAAUGUGUUUGUUUGCGCGUGUUUUGUGUAAACUGAUUGGUGUAGCUAUUGUAACCAACUACCUAGAGCUUAGAGUUUUUAUGUUUGCUAACUUUUCGAUGAGGAUUAAUGUAACCUGCCAAUUCAAUGGCAUAAUCGGUUGGUGAUAUGCGUAAGAAAUAACCUUUACAGUUCCA